CGUCCGGGAAAAGGGGGCUGUGGGGGGGAGCACCACAUGGCCUCAGCGGAUCCACCGAGGGAACCUGACCAACUUUCUCCAGCCCUGGCACCAGGACUCGGUGCCAUGGCUCCCGCCAACUCCUCCCGCAACUUCUCCGCACCCGAGGCUCGGAACGGCUCAGUAGCAGAGAAGCCAGCACCAUACACCAAUGUGAUCAUGCCCAGUCUCUUCAGCAUCAUCUGCUUCCUGGGCAUUGUGGGGAACCUCAUUGUCAUCUACACUAUUGUCAAGAAGAAGAAACUGAAAUGCAAACAAACCGUGCCUGACAUUUUUAUCUUCAACCUCUCCAUUGUGGAUCUCCUCUUCCUCUUGGGCAUGCCCUUCCUCAUCCACCAGCUCCUAGGCAAUGGCUCCUGGUACUUUGGAGCUCCCUUAUGCACCAUAAUCACUGCCCUGGACACCAACAGUCAGAUCACCAGCACCAACAUCCUUACAGUGAUGACACUGGACCGUUACCUGGCUACUGUCUACCCUCUAAAAUCUACCUACGUCAGGACCCCAUGUGUUGCAGCUCUAGUAAUCUGCUUGGUGUGGCUCCUCUCCUUCCUGACCAUCAUUCCCGUGUGGAUGUACGCAGGUCUCAUGCCUCUGGAGGAUGGGACAGUCCGCUGUGCCCUCUUGCUUCCCAACCCAGAGACUGAUAUCUACUGGUUCACACUCUAUCAGUUCAUGCUGGCAUUUGCUGUGCCACUGAUUGUGAUCUGUGUGGUCUAUUUUAAGAUCCUCCAGCACAUGGCCACCGCUGUGGUCCCGUUGCCCCAGAGGAGCCUUCGCCUACGUACCAAGAAAGUCACCCACAUGGCAGUUGCCAUCUGCUCUGCCUUUUUUAUUUGUUGGGCUCCCUUCUACAUCCUCCAGCUGGUCCACCUCGGCAUUGACACACCAUCCAUGGCCUUCUUUUAUGCCUACAAUUUUGCCAUUAGCUUGGGCUAUGCCAACAGUUGCCUCAACCCCUUCCUCUACAUUGUCCUCAGUGAGAACUUCAAGCGCCAGUUCUUAGUGGCCAUCCACCCUGCAAAAGAGCCAUGUUGCAACAGCAGCUCUGCCAACAACAACAGCAUGACAGAGGCUAGCGUGUGUCUGAAACUGGCACCAGAAUCCACCCAGCAGACUCAGUUUCUGGAGGAAUUUUCCUCACGUUCACUGCCUGUGACUGUGGCUGUUCACUAGGACACUCUGAAGUGACCACAACAAAAAGUUUUCAGAUCUGUAAAGUCCAUGGAGAAUCAGCAACUUCAGGCAAUUCUUGGUGAAGUGUAUGAACUACAAACUUGAACCUCCAGGAGUUCAGGUGCCUCCUUUCCUCAUUGCAGGGCUCUGCUCCUACACUGCCCUUGGCAUACAAGGUGCUGUAUUCUAUCCCUUCUUCCCAUUCCAGCACAGGAGGACUGUCAUACAAGACACUGGGUCCCUAAAGAGGAUGGAUGGAAAAGAGAGAAA